AUGCUGUCUCUCACGCUUAUGAUCCUCUUCGUGCAUAUCGCCAUUUACCUGAUCAAUACAAUCGGCGCAUCAACAAUCGACCUCCUGUUAUGGCAACUGUAUCUCAAGGUGCCAACGUCGUCUGCCCGGAAUGCCCGCGAGCAACAGCGAUUGAAGGGCGAAGUGGUGAAGUUGAAGCGCGAGAUGAACAGCACCAGCUCGCAAGACGAGUUUGCGAAAUGGGCUAAAUUGCGCAGACGGCACGACAAGGCCGUCGAGGAGUUCGAGGCAAUGAACACCACUAUCUCGGCGCAGAAAAGUUCCUUCGAUCGAAUCGUCAAGACCGGCCGCUGGCUCAGCACCAACGGACUCAAGAUGUUCCUACAAUUCUGGUACUCGAAAACACCUAUCUUUGCCUUGCCAGAGGGCUGGUUCCCCUACUACGUUGAAUGGGUUCUUUCAUUCCCGAGGGCACCGCUUGGCUCCGUGAGCAUUCACGUUUGGAGCAAUGUGUGUGCGAGCGCCAUUGCUGCCAUUGCUGAGAUUAUUGGUGCAUUGGUGGUGCGGGUUGUUGGGCAGAAACAAGAGGCUGUCGCCAAUGGAGCUAAGAAGACACAAUAA